CAAGAAGAAACAGCCCAGUUUGAGACAGAAGACAGAGGUGUGAAAUAUUUCAACUCCAAGACUCACAUGCAUGGUUAUCCUGGUGAAGAGAAGAGACACAUCCACCACCCAGAAGAAGGAGACUUGGACAGGGAGAGGAACUACUAUGGACAAGAGGAAGAUGAAAUGGGGAGGAGAGAGACACCAUCACAAUGGCAGACCUGGAAAUCAUGAACAAAGAGAAGAGGAAGAAGAGAGGGAGCUGGAGGAAAUGGAAGAACGAGAGGAGCAUAGAGCUGAGGAGCGGAAUAUCCAAGAGGUGGAAGAAGAACUGAGGAAGGCAGCAGAACGAUUGCAGGAAAUCCACCGGGGCUGA